UUUAUGUUCAAUGUUGGUACAAGUGGUAUCUUUGUGUUCAUUUUAAAUUUUCGUUCAAAAACAGUAUGGAUAAUUUAUUAAAAGUUGUAAUUAAAUGGAGCGGAAAAGAAUACGAAUUGGAACUAAGGGAGGAUGAAACUGUUGGCGACUUGAAGGACAUAAUUCAUAAAAAAACUGGAGUCCGUCCCGAACGUCAAAAACUUCUUAACCUCAAAUUUAAGGGGAAAGCCCCCGAUAACGAAUGCCGAUUAUGUAUGCUGAAACUAAAACCCGGUUUCAAAAUCAUGAUGAUGGGAUCUUUGGAAGAGGACAUUGCCCAAGUAAACACGACACCUGACGAUAUUCCUGAAGUUAUAAAUGAUCUCGAUAUUGAAGAAGAGGAAAUCGCGAUCGAAAACCGCGAAGAGUAUCUCGCAAAAAUUGAUAAACGAAUUAAAGACUACGAAAUUAAAAUGUUAAAUCAACCGCGAGACGGUAAAAACCUUUUAGUAUUGGAUAUCGAUUACACGCUCUUCGAUCACAGAUCGGUCGCUGAGACCGGUGCAGAGCUAAUGCGGCCGUACUUACACGAAUUUCUAACGGCUGCUUACGAAGAUUACGACAUUGUGAUCUGGUCGGCGACAGGAAUGAAGUGGAUCGAUGAGAAAAUGAAGUUAUUAGGCGUUACCAACAAUCCCAAUUAUAAAAUAAUGUUUCAUUUGGAUUCGUUGGCAAUGAUCUCGGUGCAUACACCCAAAUAUGGAGUAAUUGAGGUCAAACCCUUAGGUGUCAUUUGGGGCAAGUUUAAGCAAUACUCGAAUAAAAAUACGAUAAUGUUCGAUGAUAUACGAAGAAAUUUUAUAAUGAAUCCCAAGAAUGGUUUACGUAUACGUCCAUUUCGUCAGGCUCACCUUAAUCGAUCUAAAGAUAAGGAAUUGUUACAUUUAACGAAAUAUUUAAAAUAUUUAGCUAAGAAUUGUAACGAUUUUUCUGCUUUAAAUCAUAGACAUUGGGAAGGCAAGUGCUUGUAGUACUGCAGUGCUUUAUAUUUCACAGUGCUUUGUAUAAUAAACACCUUUUUGUAUUA